AUGUCGUCGAACAAUGCCUCGCUGGAUGCGGCAUCCGCAGACCGCAAAGCCCGCCUCGCCAAACUCGCCGCGCUGAAGCGCAAGCAACCAGAAUCGGACAACCAAGAUGCCGGCACCGACGACAAAGGGUCUACUGAGCCCUCCGAGGAAACUGCGAAAUUUCUUUCCGGCCGAAACUACGACGUCGAGACCCGUGGGCCUGAAUUGGGAUUCGAGCAAGGCCCACAUGAAGGAAAAGUGACCGUGGAGGCGCAGGCAGCUGAGAUUGCGCAGGCUCUCAAGGAACAAGCAAAAAAGGACGCAGAUGCAGACCAACCAGUCGAUCUAUUCAAACUCCAACCUAAGAAGCCCAACUGGGACUUGCGACGGGAUCUGGACGAAAAGCUAAAGAUACUCAACGUGAGGACUGAGAACGCUAUUGCCCGGCUUGUCCGCCAGCGGAUAGAGGGUGCUCAACGCGAGGAAGUGGGUAUUGAAGGCCAGGCGCUUGUGGAGGGCAUCCAUGCCCGGGAGAAAGAAGAGCAAGAUCGGGACGAGGAUGAAAUUUGA